UCAUGAAAAGAAAAGGUAACCUACAUCUCCUUCACCCGACAGUAAAAAAUGUUCAUUAUUGUUUGUUUAUAUACGUCUCUGUUCUGAUCUGAUUUGGUUAACCAUUAUUAUUUAUUUAUGCCAGCCUAUGGUGCAGUUAGUAUGUGUAUUAUUAUUCACAGUAUUUAUUGAGAAUGGAGCUAUUUACAAUUCAUCGUGUCCGUGCAUGUAUUUCUAGGAUUUUAUUCUGGCUGGACUGGAUGGCACUUCGCAGUUAGUUAUUUGCUGAAUAGGCUAAGCUAGCUGGUUGGUUAGCAUAAUGUAGGUUAUUAGUGAAGUGACGUGUUUGGAAUUUACAGAGAUGACUAAUGACACCAACAUGGUUGGAGAUGAACUUCAGAAGAUAAGCGUAAUGAAAAAUCUUCCCAACCUCAUAAGGGAGGAUUUGACAGCUUGUCUUCAAAGAGUAAUACCUCGGAUGCAACAAACUUUACUAUAUGGCACAACCGAGUACAACAUGGGGGCCUGUGAGGCAGUGCGGACUAUCACCACACAGAGUAUGGUGUCCCCAGAUGACACCAAAGUCUUCCUACACCACAUCCUCGUCUCCUUAGAAAGCAGAGAUACAGUGGCUGCAGAAGAAUGGCUUAACGUGUUGCUGGAUAUCAUACAAGUCUUACCUGUCAGCAUGCUUCAGAAUGAGGUACUUCCAAUGGCUGUGAACAAAGCACAUAUCUCCAAGCCAGUUCCUGUACGAAUUACCAGCUGCAAGAUAUUGGGGAAACUUGCUCUAUCAUUUUCUCCUUUUUUAGUGAAGAAAGACAUAGUGCCAGUGGUGAUUGCGCUGUGUCAGGACGUGAGUGGGGACGUGAGGGCGGAGAUGAGCAAGCUGCUACCCAGUGUCGCCACCACGCUGGGCCUAGAGACUGGCAACUGUCUGCUGAACCAUGUGUUGGACCUGAUCAGUGACGAGGAAGUGAUCGUGCGGGCGGCUGCCAUAGAGGCAGUGGCAAACAUGCUCAACAGCUUCUCACAAGAAAUUCUGAAGAACACAAUAAUACCUCUCACUAAAAAAGUCUUUACUGAAAUAAUGAAAAAUGAAGACAAUCUGCUUCUAGUCCUCUCUAAGUUUUAUGGACAGUAUGCCAUUGGACUAAGAGGUGUCAUGUCAGGUCCAGAUAAGACACAGUUUUUACAACGAUACGUUCAGCUGUCUCAGCUCAAUGCCAACACUAAGCAGAAACUCAACCCAUACAAACCAAUAGUGGUGGAUGAAGAAGAGAUGGCCCUGCGACUGACAGAAUGUCGUCUCAACUGCGCCUACAACUACCCUGCCAUGAUGGUGUUUGUGUCAGACAUGAAGCAAGAGGUGUUGGAAAUGAUGUUCUCUGUGUUCAAAAGUCUUGCCAGUGACAGCUUCUGUCAAGUCCGCAAAAAGAUUGCUGCUGGGUUCUAUGAGGUGAUGAAAAUGAUGCCGAAGUGGCACUCAGCACUUAAGACUGAAUUUAUAAAACUGCUCAAAGACGGAAUAGACAUCGUUUUGGAAGGUUUAGUACCGAAUAUUUCCAACAUUUUGCUGGGGUUUGCUGCAAGCGGCAACAUUAGUGCUGAUAAACCUGAAUCAGGUAAAGAUGUAGGUCAAGCAUUGUUCAUUUGUGAGAAGAACCUGAACGAUUCAUUCCGCUGGAGACUACAUGAGGAAGUGCUGCUUGCAUUCAGAGCCGUCCCUAAAAUCUUCCACCAUGAGUUUGUCUACACGUACUUUGUGCCUCUUCUAAUGACCAGAGCUUCCAAUGGGAGAAUCUUGCCCUGUCGCGUUGCAGCUUUGCACACACUCUCAGUGAUUAUUGUUGAUCCAUCCCAAUCCAAGCAAAAACACAGAAUACGGGAUAAAAUUCUUGAACUUUGCAACAACUCGAGUUUUCACUGCCGUCUCUUGUUUCUCCGAGGAAUGGAAAUACUGCAAACCCUAUCACCUGACGUACUGAAGGAGUUGUUCUUCCAUCACAUCAUCUCUAUGGCUGAGGACAAGGUGCCCAAUAUCAGACUGAUGGUUUGCAAGUUGCUUCCCAAGCUGAAGGGCCUAGCCAGUGACCCUGUAGAUCGCAAGUUGCUGGCCUGCGUAGAUGCUUGUGUCAACACACUAAGUGAUGAGACUGAUAGGGAUGUAUUAGCUCAACUAAGAUCUGCGUUACGAGAGAUGGACGAUAUAGAAAAGUGUAAAGCUGGGAUGUUUAAGAAGAAUGCUAAAAAAGCAGCACCAGCACCGACAGAAGUAGUGAAUAUGAAUAUUUCUCAGGUGCCAUCUAUAAACAUCAUGAAAGCAGACACACCCUUGACGGAUAUGAGGAGUACUGAUAGCUUGAACAGUCGAGGCAGAAACACCGUCAUGUCCUCGUACAGUGUAGCUCGUCAAUCACCAGCUGCUUCACAAAUCUCUAGUCUCAACUCUACCAGUUCUAACUCAGGUCCGUUCACACGAGCUCAGUCUGCUCGGCCUUCCCCACGAACCCCUAGACCAUCAACCAGCAUAAAAAAGCCACCUGGAUUGAAUAAGCUCUCAACUGAUGAAUUCUUAGUAGAUGCAGGAAUCCCUUUGAAGUCAACGACCGCAGUGAUGAAACGCAUCCCCACUCCCCGUCCUGUGCAUAAACCAAUGAAUGCUGUUGAAACAUACAAGGACACACAACACAAAAGUGAUACUAGGGAUGGCAUCGAGAAGGGUUUACAGUAUUCACCAAUGCCAGAGAGAGCCUGCUCAACUCUGACGAAUAAAAACCUUAAUGUUACAAACCGCCCGAGUAGUUUACCAGUUAAAAAGAUGAACUUUAAACCGCUAACCUUUAAACCGCUAACCAAAGAGGAGAUUGAGAAAGAGUUGAUGCAAACAGAUUCACGACCCUACUCUCCAAGAUCCAGAUUGAAAAACACUCCUAAACCUAACAAACUUGACAAGAAAGAGAACAAAAGACUAAGCCUUGACCCGACUGAACUUUCCUACGCCUAUUCGAGAAUGGAAACACGAUCUUCCAACCUAAACAAACGCAUGAGCAUGGAUGUUGAUUCUAAAAAGGAUUUAGAAAAUAGGAAAACAUACUUGAACAACAAUUUUUUGACCCCUAAAAUGGGUUCAACAAGAUCUGGAAUUGUUCGUCCACAGUCGUGUGUUCUACAGGGAGAAAAAGUCAACUAUUCAAAAAGGUCAAUGUCAGUGGAAAACUUGCCACCCAAAGUUACAAGACUUGCCAGCAGGCUACCAGUCAGGGCAAAUAACGACCCAAAGCAAACCAAGCCAAAAUGAAUCCAACGAUGGAACUGAAGUAUCAAUAUGGCACCUGUGAUAAUAGGAUUAGUAACGGUAGUACUUAAACAUAUUUAUUUAUUUUCAUACAAAUAGAUUUUAUUAAUUUUAUACUAAUAUAUUGGAAAUAUUUAUAUAGCAGGGUAUACCUGUACAUUAUCAGUAGUAAUUAAUACAGGGAUGUUAAAAAAAGGUGGGGACAUAAUUUACGUCGUGAUUCCUUGGGUCAAAAUAAAGAGACAACAGGAAUAACAUUUUUUCCAAAAUCGCUUCAUUAACCAGAUAUCCGCCAUUUUGUAUUUUUUACAUAAAAAUUUUUAUCUUUGUAUUCUUUUAACUGAUCCUUAUGAAUAAGAUCUUUUAAAACUUAAUAUCGUUCGAUAGGGAAUUGAAAAUUCUAAAAAAGUAUUCUUGACAUUUUUAUCAUAAAAUCAACUUUUUUUGUAAUUUAAUUUUAAAAAAUUAAAAUGGCCACCAUUUUGAAAUUUUGAGUUGAAUCAAGAUGAGUUUUUUUUCUAAUAUGGUUUUCUUCUUCCUUAACAUAAUACGCACCAAGUGUCAUAAACAUUGGUUGAAAAAAUUCAAAGAUAUAAAUAAUUAUGUAAAAAAUACAAAAUGAUACCUGGUUAACAAAGAAAUUUUGGAAAAAAUGUUAUUCUUGAUUUUCUCUAUUUUUAAUUUUUACCCAAGGAAUCACUACGUACAUUAUGUCCCAACCGUUUUUGAACACCAUGUAUAGUUAGAGACUUAUGACUUAAAUAUUUAAGAAUUUAUGCCCCCGCAUUACAGUUUUGGGAAUCAGUUUAUUAAGAGUAUAUAUAUAUAUAUUUUUUUACAACAAUAUAUUAUGAAUUUGUGUCAAUUAUCGCUGGUGUCAAAGCAAGUUUGGAAUACUGGAGUGACAGUCAAACAAAGGUAAAUACUCUAUAAAACUAAAAUGGAAUCAUCCAUGGUUUUUGUGCCAUUAAGUUUAAUCAAUUUUAUUUUUAGUGACAUUUAAUCUAUUUUUGUAAGUUUUUGUGAUAUUUGUUAAAAGACAAUGUUGUUAUUUUUAAGCAUGUUUAAUAAACUUUUACUGCAUUGCA